CCAGCUCUCAUUGCGCACGCGCAUCGCACCGCGCGCUUUUCAAACUUCGAACGUUAUGAUUCGCGCGUAAACAUCAACCGCCCCGGGAUCUACGAAAACUUUUUGAACUGUAUUCUUCGGGUGGACAAAAUGCGGUGAUUUGUGUCAACAGAGUGUGUGGGCACAAUGGGUUGGUCGCGGAAUUGGCACGAAUGGCUAGUGGUGCUCGGAUUGGCUUUGUCCGCUUGGCCAAUUGGCUGCAGCGAUUACAGUGCCAUCGCGGAGACAUUUGGAGCGGAAGCUGUGGCGCGAUGCAAUGAGAAAUGCCCGUUUCAGAAUCGCACCGGAGUGAGUCACUUCGAUCUCACCUGCGGGUACGACUGCAGCAUGCAACAGUGCACCCUCGGAUGCAGUCUUUGGAAACGGGGGUUGGAGACUUCGUGUCAAGCUAGCUGUAAUGUGACGUCAGAGACGGUGGUGUCGCGGGAGUUGUACUGCGUGAUGGGGUGCAAUGAGGCACUCAACAGCUACUACCAGAAGUUGAGAGAGCUGAUCGGCACGCCGCAACAGCCAGCCCUGGUAGCAGACAGCCUCACUCCCAACUCGCUAUCCCUCGUGUGGGAGGCAUACGGGGCCAGCGCCAACCUUCGCAACCUCACCUUCUUGGUGCAGUGGAGAUAUGAGGAACUGCCCGGCUCAUGGCAAUACUCUUCGAAUGAUAGUCUGGUGGACCGGUCGAUUAUUAACGUGUGGAAUUUACGCCCGUAUACGAAAUAUCGGUUCCGCGUGGCGAUAUUCCUCUCAGGGCGCAGCGGGUCGGGCGAGCCCAUCUACUCGGCUCCGUCCGUGGUGAUAUCCACCCUGGAGUCGGGCAAGCCCGCCUCGCCCCCCGCCGCCCUCCGCGCCGCCGCCCCCGACCCCAGCCGGGUCGCCAUCUCGUGGGAACCCGGGCCUUUUGCCAAUGGACCGCUGAUCGGUUUUGUGUUGAGGCUGGUUGAUACGCAGCCGAAUGUGUAUGCCGCUUUGAAGGAGCUGUCAGCAUCGAACAACACAUUCUUCUACAUGUUCCAAAACCUGCAGCCGUCGCGGGAGUACGAGGUGUCGGUGGCCAUGAGGAAUGCGGAGGGCGAGGGGCCGCGCGCCUACAUGACUGUCGCCACGCCGCCGCUGCCCACUACGAUCCCGCAGCAGCCAGUGCUGAUCCUGGGCAGUGAGAGGAACGUGCUGGCCGCGCCCGCCAACGACAUGCUGUCAGACCCCGUCGAGCUGUACAGCACGGAACAUAAGAUCACCGGAGUCGGCCUGGACAUAUCGAGCGACUACCUCUUCGUAUCAGUCUCCAACGGCUACGUAUACCGAAGCACGCUCUCAAGGAAGAGCCAAUCAGUGGCCAUCUUAACCCCAGAUUCCAAAUACAAACCGCUAGACCUCUCAGUUGAUUGGUUGAACAGACAUCUCUAUGUAUUAGGAGAGGUGUAUUAUAAUAAGGUGGAUUCUAGUUCAGAGGCAACUGUGUUUCCGAAUUGGGAGAUCUUGCGUUGUGACUUUGAUGGCAAGAAUCUGAUGGUGGCGCUGUCAGGGUUUUCGUCUCGACCGAUACAUUUUGAAGUGGAUCCUUAUAAUGGGUACCUAUUCUGGGCACUCCGCGGGGUCGAGCGCGGGGGUCUAUACCGGCUAGAACUGGCCCAAGUGUCCAACGGAGCGGCGCCCGGAGCCACCACGCUCAUAGUGAGGGACGCACAUCUGGGCGCCUUCACGGCUGACCAUGCAGAUUUUAGGCUGUUGGUGGCGCAUUUGAGACGGAAUAAUGUGCUUGCUGUGUCUUUGGACGGGCGUGAAAUCACCGACUUCCGUAGCAACACGCAAACCCCGAUGUUCACGGCGGCCCGCUCCAUCGCGUAUGCCAACGGUCUGUUCUACUGGACCAAUGGCAACGAGAUGCUGACCGAGGAGUACCACGCGCAGUCCGACAGCUACUUCCACAAUGAGUACCCGCUGGUGUAUAAUAUGACCAAGAUUGUUCCGAGACAGGUCCUAGUAAACCUGCGCAGCUGCCAGCCCAUCCCCGUCCCAGUCAACCCGCCUAUAUCCGUGCAGGCGGUCCUGGACGUGACGUCGGGAGCCGUGGCGUGGGCCGCGCCUCUGCUGCUGGGCCACCAAGGCCGGGCCGCUUGGCGGCGCUGGCGGUACCAUCUGCAUCUUACUGACAGCCGGCACGAUUUGCACAUCAAGGACAUCAAUGGGACUUCAAUCAAAGUGGAUAAUUUGAAAGAAAACACGGAGUAUGUCGUCAGAGUCGCCGCCGUCACGGAAUCUGGUUCAGGUCCCUGGUCAACCGAGUUCAUAGGUAGAACACUUGAAGCCACUCCGUCAACUCUACAGAGCAAGCUGAUACUGUACGGGUCAGACGGACUGCUGCAAACUAACCUCGUUGGAGAAGACUUGAAGACUUUGAUACACAGAGACCAGCUAAAGAACCUCGACAUAACCGACAUCGCCUCCUACUCCGACAAACUGUACCUCGUCACCAACGAGUCCACCGUCAUGUGGUACAACACCACGACCAAUGAGAGAGGCUACAUGGAGAACAUGGACGACGUGGGCGGCGUGGCCGUGGACUGGGUGGGGCAGAGGAUCUACUGGUCCAACCCGAAGCAGCAGCUGAUAACCCGCGGCAACCUCGACGGCAGCAACCGGGAGCCCGUGCCCAUAGUCACAGUCUGCAAGGAGCUGAGCAUAGACUCUAUGGGCGCGGCGCUCUACUGGAGCACAGGACACGCGGUGGAGGCGGCGCGGCUCAGCGGCGACAACCGCACUGUCUACUACCCCGCGCGGCUGUUCCAGGGGAAACACCUGAUGGGCCUGACGCUGGACUUACAAAACCGCUGGGUGUACUGGCUGGUGCGCGGCUACGACGGCUCGGAGCUGCACCGCGCGCCCACACAGGAGCUGCUGAAGCACCACCGGACCUACGACACGCUCCUAACCCGUCUCCCCGGCACAUCUCGCCUCGGCCCGCUCCGCUACGUAGCAGGCCGCUUGCUGUGGGUGACUCACUCGCGAGUCGCCACGGCGGACGCGCUCGGCCGCUACUCGGCUCUACUACCGCCAGCGGCUGCCGUCUGUGCCGUGCGUGACCCCACUACGCCCCGACAUCUAAUAGCGAUCCCGGACGCAGUCCCGGCCUCGUCCAUCAAGGUGGAAGGCCAGUGGAACAACUUCACGGUGCGCUGGGCGCCUACCACCAACGUCAAUGUGGACAACUGCCGGAUUAACUACCACGUCAGUGUCACGUAUGGCAGUCUGCAUAUUGAGAAAACCGUGGAUGCCCCAUACCUCACAAUCAACACGAGCCAGAUCCCGGCCUACAGCGAGAUAUCUCUGGGGGUUCGCGCCACGUCGCCGUGGGGCGGCGGGGGCGCCGCCCUGGCACCGCGUCGGUCGCCGCAGGCCGCGCCGCCCGCCCCUGAGGCGCCUAGGGUGUAUACUACUACUAAUAGCGACGGCACCCACUCAGCGAUCUUCCGUUGGAAGCCCCCAUCCCGCCCCAACGGAGUCAUCCGUGAAUACUCGGUGCGGUGCCGCGGCGCGCCCUGUGACGCGCGCCUGUCCCCCGCCACCACCCGCCACACGCACCACCGCUUGCCAACCAACACCACCAUCUACUUUCAGGUCCGAGCAGCCACGGACGCGGGCUACGGUCCGUACUCGGACGUCGUGCAAGCGUACUCCAACGACGUCAACCCGAUACCGAAAGUGAUGAUAUCGACCCAGGAAUCGAUUAAGAUCAUCGAUCUCGACUCCGGCGACAGUGAGACGGUUCCAAAGAGCACGGGGAUUCCCGUGGAUCUUGCGGUGUCGAUUGAGGAGAAUAUCGUUUAUUGGGUCAACAAUCUGGAUGAGAUCUUCUCGUCGAGAAUCAAUGGCAGUGGGCACUCGAAGGUGACAUCAAUAAACGGCACCCUGCUCAGCAUGUGCUACGACUGGGCGUCCCGCGCGGUGUACUGGGCGGCGCGCGCGGGCGGGCGGCACGCGGUGUAUAGCCGCCAGCUGACGAGCGGCGCCCCACGCCCGCGCCGCCGAGUGUUGGACGCCGCCCGCCCCGCGGCGCCGCUGCUGUGUCAUCCGCACGGUUCUUUAUACUGGUACGAAGAGAGCAGCAACCUCGGACUUGGGACACUGAUGACGGCACACACCGACGGAACCCACAUCCGGCCAUUCUUCAACACCACGCGACACGCCGCCUGCAACUGCCCAGAGAACCCUCAAGUCGGGAAGAGCUUUGUCAUCGACAUGACUAAUGAUACAGACGAAUUGUAUUGGAUAGACCCCUGGACCAAACAGAUCAUAGCCUCAGACAUGCGAGCCUGUAAGUGCCGAGUCGUAGUCGACGGUACAGAGAAAAAGAAAUACGGCUUCAUUCCCAUUUCCAUAGCCGUAGACAGCAAAUACAUUUACUGGUUCAACGCAACUGAACGCAUGAUUUAUUACACGACGAAAAACAGGAAAAGCAAAAUAGAACAAGUUAAAGCUACGUAUGGAUAUAAAAUUGCUGCUUUAGAUCCUAGAACCCAGCCGUACCCUCCAAGACAUUGCUUAUACCCGUGGUCUAACGAUUUGACUCCAAAAAUGCUAUCAAAUUCCGCUAACAGCAUAGCAUUGCGGCUACCUGAUGUAGAGAAACCUGAGCAGUGUAGGGACAGACAAUAUGACAUGACAGCUUCAGAAUAUACGGUUUAUUACCGUUUGAAGAGUGAAGACGAUGGAUCGACUUGCAACAAGGCAGUUUGUAAGUUUAUCGACACGGUGGAUAAAGAGGUGGAGAUAGGAGAGCUACUGCCGUUCACUAAUUACUCUGUGUCGGUGGAAGUGACCAACUACUACGCCAAGCUACAUGAGGAGAAGCCGACUGUCGGCCCCGCGAUGACGCUGCAGACUGCUGCCGAAGCCCCCUCGCCAGCGACGGACGUGACGGCCACCGUCCUCUCGCCCGUGCUGGCUCGCGUGGAGUGGACGCCCGAGCCCGGCCUGUGGUACGAGCUGCACUGGCGCACCGACCACCUGCCCGUGCUCAAUAACAAGUACAAAGAGCACAACACCUUCGAGGUAACGGAGGGCCGAGCGGCCAACAUGACCCGUCUAUCACCCAACACAGUCUACACCGUUUGGAUUCGCGCGCGGUCCAAUCACAGCGCAGUCACUGUCGACAGCCAAUCGCUGCGAGUGAAGACGUAUCCGCUGCCGCAAGCGAUUGGUCUGCUUAAUGCCACGGCGUAUACAGUCACUGUCGCUUGGUACCCGCCUAGCGGUUAUACGCUGUAUCACUACAAAGUAGAAUACACAGAGGCGUCAAGCCAGCAAUGGCUGCCAUGUACCAAGCGGGCGGGCGGGGAGUGGCUGGCUAGCGGUUUGGAACCGAAGACCCGCUACCGGUUCCGCCUCCGCUUGCAGUACGUGGCCUCAGCGCCGCCCUAUCUGUGGCCUCAUGACGAUAGAUACACUUUUGAGACUUUGGGCGACGUGCCGGGCGCGCCGGGGCGCGUGCAGGCGGCGGCGGUGGGCGAGCGCGUGGCGCGGCUGUGGUGGCGCGAGCCGCCCCCGCGCGGCGCCCCCGUGGACCACUACCGCCUGUGGGGGCGCCAACAGACCAGGUACCACACUGUGCACACAGGCGACGUGCCGGGGGCGGGCGCGGCUGUGGUGGCGCGAGCCGCCCCCGCGCGGCGCCCCCGUGGACCACUACCGCCUGUGGGGGCGCUAACAGACCAGGUACCACACUGUGCACACAGGCGACGUGCCGGGGGCGGGCGCGGCUGUGGUGGCGCGAGCCGCCCCCGCGCGGCGCCCCCGUGGACCACUACCGCCUGUGGGGGCGCCAACAGACCAGGUACCACACUGUGCACACAGGCGACGUGCCGGGGGCGGGCGCGGCUGUGGUGGCGCGAGCCGCCCCCGCGCGGCGCCCCCGUGGACCACUACCGCCCUGUGGGGGCGCCAACAGACCAGGUACCACACUGUGCACACAGGCGACGUGCCGGGGCGGGGGCGGCUGUGGUGGCGCGAGCCGCCCCCGCGCGGCGCCCCCGUGGACCACUACCGCCUGUGGGGGCGCCAACAGACCAGGUACCACACUGUGCACACAGGCCACGUGCCGGGGGCGGGCGCGGCUGUGGUGGCGCGAGCCGCCCCCGCGCGGCGCCCCCGUGGACCACUACCGCCUGUGGGGGCGCCAACAGACCAGGUACCACACUGUGCACACAGGCCACGUGCCGGGGGCGGGUGCGGCUGUGGUGGCGCGAGCCGCCCCCGCGCGGCGCCCCCGUGGACCACUACCGCGUGUGGGGGCGCCAACAGACCAGGGUGGUAAACGCGAACAGCUCCAACAACCUGAGCUCACUACCUCCGGACCUGCCCACUGACCUGCGGGAGGAUCUGAAGAAGCGCAUCCUUGAGGAGGGGCUUGAGCUGUUGCAUAAUGGAACUGACAGCUACUGGCUGAUCGGCGAGGGCGAGCUCCUAUCCCGCUACUGGGUGUACGUAGAAGCUCACAACACACACGGCUGGGGCGCCCUGUCGGAGCGCGGCGACGUGGAGGUGUGGGCGGGCGGCGCGGGCGGGGCGGGCGCGCUCAAGGCCGCCCUCAUGGCUCUAGCCGCCGCCGCGUUGGCUCUGCCGCCGCUGUAUUGUGAAUUGGACAACGCGCACGGCUGGGGCGCCCUGUCGGAGCGCGGCGACGUGGAGGUGUGGGCGGGCGGCGCGGGCGGGGCGGGCGCGCUCAAGGCCGCCCUCAUGGCUCUAGCCGCCGCCGCGCUGGCGCUACCCCCGCUGUAUUUAUACAACCGUCGCGGCAAAAAGAAGGUGUUAUCGGACGGCGCGGGCGCGUUCCCGGCCGGCCGCCGCCCCGACGUCGAGCUCGCCACGCUGAGACAACUGCCCACCCGGCACUCCACUAAUAUUAUUUAUAACCAGGGAGUACACGCGCCAACGGAUGCGGAACUAGCAGCAUUACCUCACAUCCGGCGCGAGCAGAUCACGCUGACCAAGUUCCUGGGCUCGGGCGCCUUCGGAGAGGUGUUCGAGGGCGUGGCGCGCGCGCUGCCGCUCGGGAAUCAAGAUACUAAGGUCGCUGUUAAGACGCUCCGCAAAGGCGCAACAGACCAAGAAAAAACCGAGUUCCUUCAAGAAGCCGCCCUCAUGUCCAACUUCAAGCACUCGCACAUCCUGCGGCUGCUGGGCGUGUGUCUCGACAACGACCCGCACUACAUCAUCAUGGAGCUGAUGGAGGGCGGGGACCUGCUGAGCUAUUUGAGGGCUAAGCGGUCGGCGCUGUACACCCCGGAAUCGCUCACUCUCCUCGACCUUCUAAACAUGUGUGUGGACGUGACCAAAGGCUGUCGGUACCUGGAAGAGAUGCACUUCGUCCAUCGAGACCUGGCUUGUCGCAACUGUCUGGUUUCCACCAGGGGCAACACCAGGCAGGUCAAGAUCGGGGACUUCGGGCUCGCCAGGGAUAUAUACAAGAAUGAUUACUAUAGGAAGGAGGGAGAAGGCCUGCUGCCGGUGCGCUGGAUGGCUCCGGAGUGUCUCAUCGACGGCGUGUUCUCGUGCCAGUCCGACGUGUGGGCCUGGGGCGUGCUUUGCUGGGAGGUGCUAUCGCUGGGCCAGCAGCCGUACCCGGCGCGCACCAACCGCCAGGUGCUGGCGUACGUGAGGGCGGGCGGCACGCCGGACAAGCCGCCCAACUGCGCUGAGGCCACCUACCAACUCCUCAAAAAAUGCUGGAGCUACACCCCCGAGGCGCGGCCUUCGUUCAAGCACUGCCUCGAGGUGAUGGGAGCGCUGAGAGACAAGACGUCGCCCAACAUCACGCUGACUGCCACCGCGGGGCCGGCCCCGCACUAUCUGACGCUGCUUGGGGACGGAGCCGUCUCCAACCGCACGUACCUGCUCGACGAGAAUGACAACGCCUGCAUAGACGAAGAUUUCCCCGAGCAUCAAAUGGAGCCGUCGCACUUACUCCCCGAAAGGGCCAACAAAUACUUGGACCUGUUAUACGACACGGACUCGGGGUCUGGAACAGUGUGCGAUGGCUACGAAAUGCCUCGGACCCCAUUCGGCUCCUCCCGUAGCUUCAUGCCUUCAUCCAGACACAGCAUCGUGGGAGUCGCCCCUAACAGACUUAUAAAGCCCCCUCUCUACAGAACGCAUUCGCUCAGAACUAACAUGCGACCGCCUAACGCGACUAUUAUACCGCUAAGAAACGGUAUAGUGAAGCGGGCCUCCUUAUGUGAAGGACUACACGGGAACUUUGUGGCGGAACCACUCGCCUCCACUUCUGAUGAAACAGAGCUAGAUGUAGACUUAGAUAAGCAACAACACAUAUUCAAGACUCCAUUUUGAACUGUGAUAUUAGACAAUGUAUUUUGUAAAUAUAAUAAUUAGGUAGGUACUAUCAAUAUUGUAUAAUAAUUUUAUAAAACAAGUCAUUUCCAUUCCACCGAUAGACUUCACACUUUAGCUUUACUCAAUGAUCUGGUAGUUCGAUAAGCAUUAUUUAUUAUUCAUUUUAUAUUGGUUGUAAAUAGAUUGUGUGCGGUGUAAAUGUACAUAUUAUGUGAGGAAAUGUUUAUCGAUCUAAUAAUAAUAUAAAGUACAGUUCGAUGUGUAUAUACCUAACGUUUGAAUGCAUUUAUUGUAAGUUUAUUUUAUAUUGAAUUCCUAUUAAAAUAUUUCUUUGCUA